GGCGCGUGUGUGUGCGUGUGCGCGUGCGAGUUGGAAAGACAGGCCGUGAGACUAAAGGUGCACCGAAGUUUCCGUCGUCUCUCGAAGAGGGACUCUCGGCACGUUCGUUAUACGAUCCGCGCGUAGUUGCUGGUGCGCGGCUACGGGGUCGGUGUUUCCGUGUCACGCGCACGACCCCAAAAAAGUGUGUAUGUGCGUGCGUGGCUGCGUGGUUUAACUGCCGUCCGCGUUGCAGGCUUGCUUUUAGUUCGCGCGACCACGAACGCGGAAUUUUGCCCGUGGAAUAUUUUUGAAAGGAAAGAACGAACGAAAGAAAGGAAAGAAGAAAGAAAAAACGAUAGAAGAGACGAUAGAAAGGAGACGAGGAAAAGAAAGAAAUCGAAACAUUUUCACGAAACGGAAUCAUUAUCGGUCGCGCCACCAUCGCGACCAUCGAUAAAGAUUGGUGGUCCAAAACCGCGAAAAGUGGAUUCGUCGAUCGUACCGAAACGUUCCAAACGUUGCUCCUUUUCGUUAAUUUUCACGCCAAUACACGCCAUUCCAAACUUUUCCUGACUCUCGGAACUAGAAGCAGUGCGACAGAAACAAAGAACAAGGAUAUAAGAGAGAGGGAGGGAGAGAAAAGAAGAAAAAGAAGAGAAAGAAAAAACGUUCAUGGGUCGCGCGCUGGUCCACGCAAAACUUUCUUUAGACCCGCAUGAUAGAAACUGAGCGAAAUUAAGCAAACGGAAUUGCAUGUACCUAUAUCUCGUCUGUAAUUGUAAUUGAAACAUGCUGGGUAUUAAAAGCACGCGCGUGCGAUUCUUCUUUCACGACAAUUCGACCGAGUGAGUCGACGCGUCACGACGCGAUUUCGAAGGUGCGCCACGGUCGAGACGAUACGGUGCCACGAGGAGGACCGACCAUCCAGCUCAUUCAAAUUUUCUCUGGGAACAACUUAUCUCUCGAAAUCCUGGCUAAAAUUCGAUACUCGUACAGUGGAUAGAUCCGUUCCGGAUAUCCGAGUGAACCGAUCGGACGCGUGAUCCGUCCGUUUUGUGCCUCGUCUAGUGUUUCGCGUAUCGAAACGGCACGAGUGGAAUCGUCGAGUUUGUAGAAAAAAAAAAAAAAAAAAAAAAAAAAAAAAAAAAAAAAAAAAAAAAGGUGAGCAGUUUAACCACGCAUAUAUAGCGAAAAUCAAACGCGAAAAGCGAUCAAACGGAAGAAAUUUUUUCGUAUCGAGAAAGCGGAAGAAUAAGAAGAACGGAGGGGAGAGGAAUAAAGAAAUUGGCGAAUAUCCCGUAGAAGAAGGAAAUAUUCGACGGUCUUAUCAUCGUCUAUCGUUCGGAAUUUUCAUCGUCACGGUGUAGAGGGCCGUGCGCGCGCUCCCCCGCGCGCGCGCGCGCGAGCUCUCACGCGCGGAUCCUGGUGCGCGCUACCAUUUGUCGAGGAUAGCCCCAUAACCUCACUUUGCUUCAUAGAAACGAAUUUUUGUAUGCUGUGUACGAAAAAGAAGCGAGAAGAAGAAGAAGAGGAAGAGGAGGAGGCGGAGGAAGAGGAGGAAGAGGAGGAGGAGGAGGAGGAGGAGGAGGAGGAGGAAAAAGAAGAAAAAGAAAAAGAAGAAGAGGAAGAAGAACACGUUGGAUAUAUCGAGAGACAAUAACAAAGGAUAAAGAAAAGAAUAAGAAUUCAUUUUGGAGUUAUUGUCGGGUAAGAAGUGAGGCAAAUCUUGGCUGUGACUUGUGGGGAACGAGUGAAAGAGACAGACGGACAGAUAGAUAGAUAGAUAGAUAGAUACAUAGAUAGAUAGAUAGAUAGAUAGGUAGAUACAUAGAUAGAUAGAUAGAUAGAUGGACAGAUAAAGAGAGAAAGAGAAGGGGAGAGAGAGAGAGCGAGAGAGGGAGCGAGAGAGAGAGAGAGAGAGUGAGAGAAAGAGAGAAGGAGAGAAAAGCGCAACGGGGUCAAGGAGGAAAGGUUAGGUAAGAGUACUCGCGGAAGGUGGGUACUCGGGCAGGCUGGUGGCGAACCUGGUUGGGGUGUGUCCCCAAUGAAGUCGACGCAAUGGCAACGAGCAAACGAAGCGACGUCGGUACCGCGUAGGCUGUCAACGUGGUGGCUGUUCAAAUAGUCAUUAGCGCGGUGGGACGCGUUGCCGUGUAAUCGGCAAGCGUGAUCAUCCGCGCGAGAAGCGGAGCGGGGGGGUAAGAGGAAAAGGGAGAAUAGCCGGGUGUUUAGGAUGCAGCAUGAACCUCGGUGCCCCGUAUCGGGAGCUGGUGAGCCUCGGAAGGGGGACUACGACGGUGUCGAGGUGGUUUCGCCGGUCGAGAGAUCGCAGCUCUCCGUCGUCCUCGAAACGGGCAGUAUCGCCGGCGUCGUCGUCGCCACUGCCGUCGCCACUGCCGUCGCUACUGCCGUGGUCGUCGCCGUCGCCGUGGUCGUCGCCGGGGCAACAACAACCACAACCGCAACUUCGGUCACGACGACAACAACGACAACAACAACAACCGUUGUCGUCGUGUUUACGAUCAUCACCGUCUCACUGGUCAAUCUGGUCGAGAGCUGCUGUUACCGGCGUGGUUGCAGUGCCGCAACGGCAUCGGGACCGGUGGUUGCCAUCUGGCAGAGGAAGCGGGUCGCGAUCAGGAACGGGGAAAGCGAGCGGGAACGGGAUCGAAAUCGGGAACGGGGCAAGUUGUCGAGGGGGAGAAGCGAGAUCGAGGCAGAGAGCGAGAGGGAGAGGGAGAGGGAGAGGGAGAGGGAGAGCGAGGCCGAGGCCGAGGAGAGGAGCGAGAUCGCGCGACACGAGGAGUUGGUGGUGGUGCAGGUGGCGCGGCAGAAAGAAGAGGCGAAAGCGGUGGAUCAUCGGGUGCAGCGGCGGCGGCGGCGGCGGCGGCGGAGGCGGCGGUGGCACGAGAAUCCCGAGUGCGUGGAACGCGUGGUCACGCCAUUGUUAUUGCCGCUACUCUCGUUGCCGCGCGAGUCCUCGUUCAGUGUUUCUACCAUACCGUUGGCGCGGUUCGAGUUGGCCGUUUGGUUCGCGGAUCACCGUCGAGAUCAUCGAGAUCCCCGGGAUCGUGGAGAAGGCCGCCUCCUCCAGGGGGACUUCUAAGGGCCCCGCCGACCCGGGCCGCUCGGACAGCUGUCAUCUGGCUAUCGGCUCCGGGAUAUCUACGUGCGGGGCUGACACCAACCACGAGUCGUCUCGAAAACAACAUUGUCUCGAUAAUCCGCGAGAGUACCUACAACUCGCCGAACCUAUCCUUCUUUCCAGCCAAGUUCGAUCGUACGUGUAUCGGUUGCACGAUAAACACCGGGACUACGACAGAGGACUCGCAUCGCUUCGAUCGCGAAUUUUCGAACCAACGACAACAAGGCCCGAAUCGCCAACGUAUCGUGGUAAUCGUACCGAGAGAGGCAUCCUGUUUCGCAUUUUCGAUAUUCACCACCACCUUACCACGGAGAGGAAAGAGAGCGAAGGAGUCAUCGGUGUCACCUGUGGUGACCCGUUCAACGUCGCGGGAACGGAAGAAACGUGGACGAGGACGUGGAGAGGAAAGGAUAACAGAGUGGUGGGGCGUACGCGCGAAGCUAAGAAAAGCCUCGAUCCUUGGUUGCAGCGAUGCGGGGCCUUUUGCAGCGCAGAGACGAGGACGGAUACGCGCGCGAUCGCAACAGGGAUCAUCCGGACGACAAAUUCGAUAUCACGAGUUUGGAUCAUCGGCGUCGUUGUCAACAGCGGAAAGGCAACAAAGGUGGGGGAAAGACGACGGGGAAAGGGAUCGGUUCGCGUGGCGACUUUGCGGCGUGGACCGUCGACGGGGACGAUCGACGCCGUCGUCGUCGUCGUCGGGGCAAACCGGGGACGCUAGCGUUCCCGAGGCUGCGUCCAUGCGGCUCGAUCCGGCCCAAUUCACGGGACCAUCUACGUCGUACCAUUGGAACAACGCUGCUAUCCACCGUUCGUCCCCGAGAUUGUUGCCUUUCCAUCGUCUCCUACGCCAGGACUAUACCACACCGGGAA